GCCAGUCCCCCCGUGUUCCCUCUCUCUCACCCACCCUGUCCCCUCAUCCAGGGGCGUCGCCACUUUUUGCGCCUCUGGUAUCACGUGACACACGCGUCGUUUAAAAAUUUUUCCUAUACGACCACUAUAAAAGAUUUGGCGGUACGAACUUUGCAGCAUUUGAACCAAUCGUCAUAGACUCCUCCUCUACACCCAUCCCCAUACCCACAAUGAGCAGACCCCAAAACAUCGGUAUCAAGGGUAUCGAAGUGUAUAUCCCCAGCCAGGCCGUUAACCAAACCGAAUUGGAAAAGUACGAUGGCAUUCCUGCUGGAAAGUACACCAUCGGAUUGGGCCAAACCAACAUGGCAUUUGUCAACGACCGUGAAGACAUUUACUCGUUGUCGUUGACCGUUGUGUCCAAGUUGAUCAAGAACUACAACAUCGACGUCAACCAGAUCGGUAGAUUGGAAGUUGGUACCGAGACUUUGUUGGACAAGUCCAAGAGUGUUAAGUCUGUGUUGAUGCAAUUGUUCGGAGAGAACAACGACAUCGAAGGUAUCGACACCGUCAACGCCUGUUACGGUGGUACUUCUGCUGUUCUCAACUCGGUUAACUGGAUCGAGUCUUCUGCCUGGGACGGCAGAGAUGCUAUUGUCGUUGCCGGUGACAUCGCCAUCUACGACAAGGGUGCUGCCAGACCCACUGGUGGGGUUGGUUCCGUGGCCCUCUUGAUCGGACCAGACGCUCCUAUCGUCUUCGACUCCACCAGAGGCUCUUUCAUGGAGCACGCUUACGACUUCUACAAGCCUAACUUCACCAGUGAAUACCCAGUCGUCGACGGUCACUUCUCCUUGAGUUGUUACGUCAAGGCUUUGGACCACUGUUACAAGAACUACUCCAAGAAGAUCACCAAGUCCGCCGACAAGACUGUUGGUGUCUACGACCACUUCGACUACAACGCAUUCCACGUCCCAACCUGUAAGUUGGUCACCAAGUCAUACGCCAGAUUGGUCUACAAUGAUUACAAGUCCAACCCUGCUGCCUUCAAGGACUUGAUCGAUGAAGAAACUGCCGCUUCCAUCAACGCUUUGACUUACGAACAGUCCUUGGUUGACAAGAACGUGGAGAAGUUGUUCGUUGGCUUGGCCAAGGAACAAACCAAGGCUAGAGUCCAACCUGCCUUGCAAGUCCCAACCAACACCGGUAACAUGUACACUGCCUCUGCUUGGGCCUCCCUCUCUUCCUUGUUAUACUACGUUGGUUCUGAACAAUUGCAAAACAAGAGAAUCGGUAUCUUUUCCUACGGUUCUGGUUUAGCCUCCACUUUGUUGUCGGUUGUUGUCAAGGGUGACAUUUCCGCCAUCACCAAGAACUUGGAUUUCGACUUCAAGUUGGGUGAAGGUAGAAAGAUCGAAUCCCCAGAAAAGUACAUCGAAGCAAUUCAAUUGAGAGAAAACGCUCACUUGAAGAACUCCUUCAAGCCAACUGGUUCCAUCGACAACUUGACCAAGGGUACUUACUACUUGGUUGAAAUUGAUGACAAGUAUAGAAGACAAUACGCUGUCAAAGAAUAAGUUCCCAGUUCACUUCUUCACGUAUUAAUACAUAUAUUCCACCGUUUCCUAGCUCGUAGAGUGUAAU